AUGGCAGGAGGAGGAGCUCCAGCUCCUAAAUCAGAUGAACCACAACCACAUCCACCAAAGGAUCAACUUCCCAACAUUUCUUACUGCAUUACUAGUCCACCUCCAUGGCCUGAGGCUAUACUUCUUGGUUUUCAACAUUUUCUAGUGAUGCUCGGCACAACUGUGCUCAUUCCCACUGCUCUUGUUCCUCAGAUGGGAGGUGGAAAUGCGGAGAAGGCUAGAGUUAUUGAAACACUACUUUUUGUUGCUGGUAUUAACACAUUGGUGCAAACUCUCUUUGGAAGUCGCCUACCUGCAGUAAUUGGAGGCUCUUAUACAUAUGUGGCUACCACAAUCUCAAUUAUUCUCGCUGGUCGAUUCAGCGGUGAACCGGAUCCGGUAGAGAAAUUCAAGAAGAUAAUGAGGGCAGUUCAGGGUGCUCUUAUUGUUGCUUCAACUCUUCAAAUAGUACUAGGCUUUAGCGGCCUUUGGCGUAAUGUUGCAAGGUUCUUAAGUCCACUUUCAGCUGUUCCAUUAGUUUCACUGGUUGGUUUUGGGUUGUACGAGUUAGGUUUUCCUGGGGUUGCUAAAUGUGUCGAGAUUGGACUGCCAGAGCUUAUAUUGCUAGUAUUUGUUUCACAGUAUGUGCCCCACGUGUUACAUUCGGGGAAAAAUAUCUUUGACCGUUUUGCUGUUUUAUUUACCGUUGUAAUUGUGUGGAUAUAUGCUCAUCUACUCACUGUUGGAGGGGCCUAUAACGGUGCUGCACCAAAGACACAGUCAUCCUGCCGCACUGAUCGUGCUGGACUUAUAGAUGCCGCUCCUUGGAUCAGAGUUCCAUACCCCUUUCAAUGGGGAGCACCUACAUUUGAUGCAGGCGAAGCGUUUGCCAUGAUGAUGGCAUCUUUUGUUGCUCUUGUAGAGUCUACUGGAGCUUUCAUUGCCGUGUAUAGGUAUGCAAGUGCAACACCAUUACCACCUUCUAUUCUUAGUCGAGGUAUUGGUUGGCAGGGAGUUGGCAUUCUGUUAUCAGGAUUGUUUGGAACAAUUACAGGAUCGUCCGUGUCUGUAGAAAAUGCAGGUCUUUUGGCUUUGACACGCGUUGGAAGUAGAAGAGUUGUGCAAAUAUCUGCCGGAUUCAUGAUUUUCUUUUCAAUUCUCGGAAAAUUCGGAGCGGUUUUCGCCUCUAUCCCACCUUCAAUUAUUGCUGCACUGUACUGCUUAUUCUUCGCUUAUGUUGGUGCUGGAGGUCUUAGUUUUCUUCAGUUCUGCAACCUAAACAGUUUUAGAACAAAGUUCAUAUUAGGCUUCUCUAUAUUCUUGGGCCUGUCUAUACCACAGUACUUCAACGAGUAUACAGCAAUCAACGCUUACGGUCCAGUCCACACUGGCGGAAGAUGGUUCAACGAUAUAAUCAACGUUCCAUUCCAAUCAAAAGCAUUUGUGGCUGGCGUUGUGGCGUAUUUCCUAGACAACACUUUACAUAAGAAUGAUUCGUCUAUUAGAAAGGACAGAGGAAAACAUUGGUGGGACAAGUACAAGUCAUUCAAGGGUGACACAAGAAGUGAAGAGUUCUAUUCACUGCCUUUCAAUCUGAACAAAUAUUUUCCAUCUGUUUAA